AUGACAUUAUGGCCACUGGAGGUUCUUCUGAAGCUGACAGUGCAUGGGUUUAUUGAGCCACAUAACAACAUGGAAGUCAUGGGCUUUCUCAAUGCAGUAUUUGAGAGACUAACGCAGUUCUUGGAAUGCUGUCAGCAAGUUGGACCAGGCAGCCUUUAGAAGCUUGAGAAGACCAUCAUUUUGUACACCAAAGUUCUGCUGGACUUCCUGGAAUGUCACACAUGACCUUUCAUCCCCCUCAUUCAGCGCUCACUGGAGUUAUUCGUCAGCUACCUGUUCACAGAGGCCGGGGAGGGGGUUGUUUUCGAGCACUUUAUUGUACAGUGCAUGAACCUCAUCAAGAUGAUCAUCAAAAACGAUGCCUACAAACCUGUCCAGAACACUGAAGGGAGUAAACCAGAGAACCUGGAGGCACAUAAAAUAAAGGCUGCAUUCUUUACACAACAAACACUGACAGAGAUUGGCAGAAGACUGGUUUCCAAAUACUUUCUGCUGACAGAGGAAGAGCUAACCAUGUGGGAAGAGGAUCCUGAGAGUUUUGCCCGAUUUUUACGGCACAUGGACAUCGGAGCAACCGGUGUUCGUGUCUACCAUCGUCAGACACUGUUAAAUUAUAAGAAUCAUGCAACAAACAAGCUGCACGAUGAUCUGCUGGAGAAGCUACGUGAUCUCAGCUUGCUGCGGGGACCAGGCCUCCAGUCCUUGGCAUGGCAUGAUGCCGGGGGAGGGGAGGCUGCCACCAAUGGCUGCUCCACCAACUUGGAGGAAUACACAGCAUCAGUGACCAGCUACAUCAGCAAGUGCAUCGAUGGCGUCACUCUCUCCAAGACCAUCACCACACGCUCCAACCAGAAGCCGUGGAUACUGACAGCGGCCACACGCUGGCGCAUAUGGCAGGGCAUCCAGGCCAUCACCAAUUACAGGACUACAUCACCUGCCUUUGACAGUGAUGCCUCCCUUCCAGAUGCGCUGAACGACUUCUACACUCGGUUUGAGGCGCAGAAUGACGUGGCAGCGAGGAAGACCACCCCUCCUCCCAACGACCAGGUUCUAUGUCUUACCACAGCUGAUGUGAGGAAAACUCUACAUAGAGUCAACCCACGGAAGGCUGCUGGACCAGACAACAUUCCUGGCAGAGUGCUCAGAGGAUGUGCAUACCAGCUGGCAGAUGUUCUUACUGACAUCUUCAACAUCUCCCUGAGCAGCACCGUCAUUUCUAAUGUGCUUCAAGGCCACCACCAUCGUCCCCGUGCCGAAGAAGUCUUCAGUGUCCUGCCUCAACAACUACCGUCCCAUUGCACUCACACCCAUCAUCAUGAAGUGCUUCAAGAGGCUCAUCAUGAGGCACAUCAAGACCCAGCUGCCCCCCUCACUGGACCCCCUGCAGUUCGCCCAAGCACAGAAGUGUUGUUCCUGGACAAAUUCAGUCAAACCUUGACACCAGUGCUCCUGGAGAUGGUGCAGAAUCUUCAAGGUCCCAGUAAUGUGGAGGACCCCGUGCAAAUGCUAAUGAAGGAUGCAGUGUACAGUGCUGUUGGGUUAGCAGCAUAUGAAUUAUUUGACAACAUGAACUUAGAACAGUGGUUCAAGAACCAACUCCUAGAGGAGCUACAAUUCAACCACAACAGGUACCAGUUGAUCAGAAGACAAGUCAUCUGGCUGAUUGGACAGUUCAAACCAGAACUGCGGCCCCUGCUCUACAAGAUUAUUCUCAGUCUCAUGCAGAGAUGAUUCACUGACCUUGUGGUGAGUUGCAUUGAAACAGCCACAACACUAAUGUUGGCCGUUGAUGACUUCGAGUUCAGAACAGAGCAGUUCUUAUUGUACUUGGAAUCUAUAUUCAGUUUGUUGUUAAAGCUGUUGUAACAGGACAACGAAUGUGUUUCUAAAAUGCAAGUGCUCCAUGUUAUCUCUUGUGUCAUCGAGUGAGUCAGCAUUUAGGGCCUGGGAGCAGAGAGCAAGAAUCUAUAUCCCUUCCUCCUACCUGUUAUCCAGCUCAGCACAGAUGUUUCACAGCCUCCUCAUGUUUACCUGCUGGAAGAUGGUCUGAAACUCUGGUUUUUGACAUUAGAGAACAGUCCCGCCAUCACCCCUGAGCUUCUAAGAAUCUUCCAGAAUAUGUCUGCCCUACUUGAGCUGAGCUCAGAUAAUGUGUGAACGUGCUUGCAGAUCAUCAAUGCCAACAUUUAUCUCUCACCUACAGAGUUCUUACAUAACUAUGCUGAAGCCCUCUGCAGAUCUUUCUCUGAGGUGCUGGGAGACAUCACCAAUAAAGGGCAAGUCUGUGUUUUAAAGGUGGUUGAAAUUGCCAUAAAAGUCAGUCCUAUAUUUAGCUCUCAUAUGUUCCAGCCUCUUCUGCCAGCUGUGUUAGUGGGGAUUGUUGAUGACGAAAGGUAUCCUGUGGUCAUGUCUACAUACCUGGGCAUGACAGGAUGGAAUCUUCUACAGAAUUCUAUUUUUUUUUCAGCCUCAGUUACUACAAUAGCUAUGCAAUGCACACAGGAACACCACCAGCUCUUGGGUAAUAUGAUUGAGAUGUGGGUGGACCACAUGGAUAACAUCACCCAGCCAGAGAGGAGAAAGUUCUCUGCCCUGGCUCUCCUGUCUCUUUUACCUUCUGAAAACAGCGUGAUCCAGGACAAGUUCUGUGGGAUCAUUAACAUCAGCAUGGAGGCACUGCACGAUGUUAUGACAGAAGACCCUGAGACUGCCACUUUCAAAGAUUGCAUGCUGAUGAGCCACUUCGAAGAGUCAAAGCCAGAUGAUGAGGAACCCCCAACAGAACAGGACAAGUGGAGAAAACUGGUGACUAUAGAAAGACCUGUGCACAGUGUCUCUCUUCAGCAGUUUGUCUAUGAGAAGCUGAAGGCACAGCAGAUGCUGAUGGGCGACCAAAGCUUCCAGGCUCUCAUGGAGACAGUGGACACAGAGAUUGUGUGACAGCUGCAAGAAUUUCUCCAAGGCAUGUGA